AAAGAUUCAAAGAUUCAAAAAUCCAAAGACUCAAAGAUUCAAAAACUCAAAGAUUCAUCGAAGUUUCAAAAAUCCAAAGAUUCAAAGAUUCAAAAACUCAAAGAUUCAAAGACUUAA